AUGCGGAUUAGAGCCUGCUCCACCGUCAAAGAGUGGAAGUAUAAACACACAAGUUGGAUUGGUUCUGCCCCACGUCGCACCCUCCCAUGGCCGCCCCCCGCCCCCUGUGGGGAAUCCCUCGCCCUCGUUGGCAGCCCCUGUCCUCGCUGCGGCGCCCGCCCUCCUCGGCCCCUGUGGUCCGUACACGCCGGGGUCGUGGUCACUUCCUCCCACGCACGAGGAUUUGACUAUGGUGAAUACUGGGACUCCCGGAGUUUCCUGGACAGUAUAAGCCACGCCGGCGGCUCCGCAGAGGGAGAGCUGUUCAGAUCAGAGGUGUCGGUCACUCCUGCUUCCCGUCAGAGGAUAUUUGGCUCCAUGUGCUCCAUGACAUCAGACAGCUCCACUCCUCCUGUGUGGCACGACCGGACUCCAAACUCCCUGAACUCCCCGUAUCCCCCCCAGCCCUCACCCCCUCUCUCCCUCAGCACUCCCAAUGCCCACAGCUCUCCCCGGGGGGCUCUGAGAGGCCUGGGUGGAGGUCCGGGGGUCCGCACAGAGACAGACAGCAUGGACUUGUCCUCGUUGUUGGGGAACGGCAGUCUGGAACACAGCCUGAUACAGGCCAUGGAGGGCCUUGGGAGUCUGAACUUCGGGGAAGACGGGGGCCUCCCUCCGCUGCUGCCUGAGAAGAGGAGAGUGGGUGAGGGGGGAGAGCUUGGCUCCUGCUCCCCCUCUCUGAGCGGGUUUUCCAGCCCUCAUAGUGGCAGCAGUCUCAGCAUCCCUUUCUCAUCUUCAAUGACCCCCGACCCCCUCCGAGGACUCAGUGGGGCGCCGUCCCCAGGAGCAGACUUUGGCAGUAAGCAGGACACUGUGAAGUUUGUUCAGGACACUUCCAAGUUCUGGUACAAGCCCGGUAUCUCCAGAGACCAAGCCAUCGCCGUGCUGAAGGACAAAGAGCCGGGCUCGUUCAUUGUCAGAGACAGCCAUUCGUUUCGCGGGGCAUACGGAUUGGCCAUGAAGGUGGCCACGCCUCCUCCGUCUGUCUUACAACAGAGUAAGAAAGCAGGGGACCUGUCUACUGAGCUGGUGAGACACUUCCUGAUAGAGUGCACGCAGAAAGGAGUUCGUCUCAAGGGCUGUCCCAACGAGCCGUACUUCGGAAGUCUCACAGCUCUGGUGUGUCAGCACUCCAUCACACCGCUGGCUCUGCCUUGCAAACUCAUCCUGCCUGACAGAGACCCUGUGGAGGACCUGACGGACUCACCUGCACAGACAGCGACAAACUCAGCAGCCGAGCUCCUCAAACAGGGAGCAGCGUGUAACGUAUGGUACCUGGGCUCCGUGGAGCUGGAGUCUCUGACGGGACAUCAGGCGGUUCAGAAGGCAGCCAUGAUGACGCUCUCCAUGGACCCCCCUCCGCCUUCCACCGUCGUCCACUUCAAAGUGUCGGCACAGGGAAUCACGCUCACUGACAACCAGAGGAAGUUGUUCUUCAGGAGACACUAUGCUGUCAACACGGUCAUCUUCUGUUCUCUGGACCCGCAGGGCAGGAAAUGGACAAGAGGCAGCGCUUCUACUGCAAAGAUCUUUGGCUUUGUAGCCAGGAAAGCUCAGAGCGAGACUGAAAAUGUGUGCCAUCUGUUUGCUGAACACGACCCAGAGCAGCCGGCCAGCGCUAUCGUCAACUUUGUCUCAAAAGUCAUGAUUGGCUCACAUAAGAAGUGAGCAGACAGGAGAGCCUGGACUGGGGAUCAACAUCCAAACUCAAAAUCAUGUGGUUGGAUAUCGAAAAAGAAGAGCCAACAACUAUGAACCCACUGACUCCAUUUGGUCCAUCCUGCAGAACACACGUGUAUUUUGUACUGACUGCACCGCAGGAUGCCGCCACCAGAGGGAGCCGAGACGGCCAUUUAAAAAGUUAAACUUUUCAGAAGGAGGCUGUAACUACUUCAAGAUGCGUCAUUGGACCUUUUUACUACUUUUGUAUAAAACCAUACAUUCUUUCCCAGAGGAUCUAAUAUACAAGUCAGAUCCUGACCCCUUUAUCUGACCUGUAUCUUCAAAUGUACUAUAUAACACUGACUUUGCCCAUUGGUGAAUAUCAGAUAUUCUUCCCAUUAACACAUAUUUUAAUCAAGGGUAUAAUUCUAAAAGCGUUAAUUUUUGGUAAAAAUGUGUAUAUCAGGUUUUAAAGUCAUUUUUGUACAAACCACCGGUCCAUUUUAAUUUGUUAAAAGAAAACCAACUAUUCUCUCACAUGACGAAGUUGGUCGCUUUGUACUUAAGAUGGAUUUUUUGAGUUGUGUUUAUAGUAUUUAUCGCUUUUUACUGAUUUGUGAAAGUCUUUCAUUUUCCUAAAUAUACUUGUCAUAUAUUUUUGUAUAUUAACAUACUGUACAUUAGGGUUUAAGGCAGUGAACCUCAGAAUCUAUGUCACAUAUUGUUUUAGUAUUUUACAUACCAGUGAGUUACGUAAACUGCCCGUGUAUGUAUACUUGUAUUAUUAAUAUAGAUGUCAAAAUGUUCCCUUCACAGUAACUCCAAUACAGAUUUAUUGUGCCAUUAAAAGUAUAUUCAGAUUUUCUCUAAUAAGAGAAAAAAUACAGUCACUGUGAGAAAUGUCUAACACAACAGUUCACCUCAGUAUUUCUUUCCAUUCACAGCUUCUUUUAUUUAUCAGUCAUCUUGUUUAACUGAUUUUAUUAAUGAAAGUUGACAGUAACCGAAACGAAUCAGAUAACACUUUGUUUUUGCCUAUGUACUAUUUCAGUGAUCAUUUUUUAUUUUGAUUCAUGACAAACAUAUUUUAAGUAUGUUAGUAGUUAAUUAAUAACUUAAUGAAUCAAAAUAGAUGUUUUAGUUUCAAGGCAUCAUAAAAAAAAUUGUUGAAUUCACGAAGGAUCCAAAACACUGUAUGCUACAUUCAAACUGAAAAAGGGUUAGUCCAGGGUUUUUGAGAUAGUGGUUCAACAAAUGUUCUUCCCCUAUGGUACAAUGAAGGAUAAUGGCACCCUUUUAAACUUUGUAAAGUUUUCUAAUGAGAACAUUUUUAUUUGAGUUACUUUUUUAAAAUACGGGGAUUGUGUUGUUUUCUGUUAAUUUUUUUAUAUAAAAAACUCGACAAAAAAACAAAACAAUGUGUUAGCCAAUAUCCCUAACCUGUCGGUGGCAAUCUGUCAUGCAGGUGAGUGCAAGGCAACAACUGAAUGAUCAACAUGCAGUCCAGGCAUACAGGAAGAGUUCAGUGAGUUAGGGUUAGGGUUGACAAAAUGAAAAACACAACGGCUUACUGGCAUGGGUAGCCAUACUUGCCAACAUUGUGACCCCAAAAAUACGGAGGAUUUUCCAACCAAAGCGGAAACUAAUAACAGGUGUAUUGAUGUCCAGUUUGAGAAAGUAGACUUUAGAGUCAUAGUUUUAUUGGUGCUGUACAGUGCCAGAAAACGUUUAAGAAUUAUGAAGAGGAGAAAAAGGUGAACGAUUUGUCAUGAAUCAUGGAAAAAGUGUGAGAGUUGUCACCCCAGGAGGACAUCAAAAGAGAGCAAUGAAAAAUGGGAAUUUUUCAGGUAAAUCGAGGUGUUGGUAAUUGUCUUGGUAGCAAGACAGAAGUAAAAGGGCAUUUGUUAAGGACUAUUUUGAGCAGUGGAUAAAUCCACAUUUGGUGCAAAUAAAGUACAUUUUGUGUGUUCGAGGUUAGGAUGUCACUUGUCAUCUUGCUCAUUGUUGUGUUUAAAAGUAUUUGGACAACAACUGAGCUCUAUGGCACAGAAGAAGCAGCUCAGACUUCGAUACUUACACAAUACUUGUUAGCAGAUGAAUUGGUGGUUUUGGUCUUUUGUUAAAUCAUGCAAGUUCAAAACAAAUAAUUAACAAGUAACACUUAAACUUCCUGUGUAUCUGCAAUAUGCCGUUUCAUGAUCGUGCAAUAAACUGACCUUUUAAGGUAAAAAGUUGUAGAUAACCGUUUUGCCAAUAGAUGGCAGUAAGCAGCCACCAAACUUCCCACUUUACUCUGAAUAUAAGUAUGGAUGGGUUGAGCUCUCAAAUGCACAGAACUAGAAAUAUUCAACAAAUACUCAGUUUCUGAUUUUACGGCACUUAUUUUGUUUCUCUCCUCUAUAACCACAUUUGUAUAGCAAGAAACAGUUGCUAAUGGAGCAGGUUGACACAUGCAGUAAGAACCACCCUCUUGAAUAAACUUGGCACUGUCAAAGUGUGUCCAAGCCAUUGUGUGCGUUUGAGAAAAAGAACAUCCGAGGGUGUGCACAUGACCGAAAAAAGGUGGUUUAAAUGCCUAGUAGGCCUCCAGGUGCCUCGGACAUCUGCUGAUCUGUCUGUCUCCAGCUUCUGUAUGCUGCUCGAGACUUUUUAGAGGCCAGAUCAUCAGAUACCAGGUUUGAAUGAGGCUCUAUUCAGGCUCUGUGGAGGGAGCUGAGGAACUGGAAGUGGGACAGAGACGUGGGGACACAUCCCAGUCCUGCCUGGCCUGGGAGAAAGGGGGACAGCAUGGUAGGUUGAGAGGGGGGGUUGCACUGAUGGUGUGUGUGUGAGUGUCUGAGUGGGGGCUGGGGGUGAUGUCGGUGGUGGAUGACCUCACCAUCGCGGGAAAGUUUCCCACAGCCUGCACACAAAGAAGGCCGUCAAAAGGUAAAAAGGAUGCGAAAGAAUAGAGAAUAGAAAUUUAACACAGUGUGUAAAAAAGGAGGCAAAGUGUGGAAUAGCGGUUAGUCGGUGAGAAAGAGGCUCCUUGGUAUAGGGGGAGUUGUCUUCCGUUUCACAGAUUACUCGGAGAGAGUUUGCUCUGGGUAGUAACCUUCAGUUUGGCUCCUGUCCUCUCUCUGCUGAGUCACCUGCCGCCAUUUUGUCCUCUGCUUGCACUUCCUGCUGCACUUCCUGUCAGGCGACCCACCAGCACCUGGUGGCCUGGCGGUUUUCACAGCCGCCGCUGGACGACAUCACAUUCCUGGCAUUGCUCGCCCUACGAAAAGCUGUUUGGAAAUCCAAAGGCCGGCUUCCUGUUCGGGAAUGCCUCCCACACAGAGUCCCUCUCAGCCU